CUUAACAGGGGAGACAUGAGUCUCCGGACGGAGGACAGCAUCACCUUGUGCCAAAGGGCUCUCCAAAUCGUUACGGACCUUUGUCUCACGGGACACGUAGACCCGGAGAAAUGUUCGGACAUAUUUCCCCUGGAGAGCAACAUACCAGGUAAAGGACACGCAGACAUCUCUAUUAGUCUCCUUGCUGUGGUCGUGGGUUUCUGUGGCCUCGCCCUGUUGGUAGUCUCUCUCUUUGUCUUUUGGAAGCUGUGCUGGCCUAUUUGGAGGAGCAAGGCUCUGUCGGCGCACGCCGAAAAUGGCCCCCACGUGGGUUUCCCCGAGGCGCCGCCACCCAGCUCCCCGCCGGUCCCCGAGUGCAAAGUGGCGGAGUUGGAGAAAAAGCGGCCGCUGGAAGUGAAGGCCAACGGACGGAGCACUGUCAAGCUCCUGGAGGCGGCCAUGAAGAUCAGCCAGACGUCUCCGGACAUCCCCGCCGAGGUGCAAACAGCCCUGAGGGAGAAGCUCAGCCAGCAGGCUAAGAUCCAGAGGCAGACCACAGAGCCAACCUCCUCCUCCAGGCACAAUUCAUUCCGCCGCCACCUGCCUCGUCAGAUGAAUGUCACCAGCGUUGACUUCAACAUGGAUACGGUGCCUCUCCGCCAGUCUUCCACAGUGAGCAUUGGAAGAAUAAAGCCCGAACUCUACAAGCAGAAAUCUGUGGACUCAGAGGAUGGAACCAGAGAGCCCGUGGAGACUUGCGGAAAGCUCAGCUUCUCGCUGUGUUACGACUACGAGGAGCAAGCUCUGGUGGUGAGAAUCCUCAAGGCCUUGGAGCUGCCUGCCAAAGACUUCACGGGCACCUCCGACCCCUACGUGAAGAUCUACCUGCUGCCGGAGAGGAAGAAGAAGUUCCAGACGCGCGUCCACCGCAAGAAUCUGAACCCCAUGUUUGACGAGACCUUCUGUUUCCCCGUGGUGUACGAUGAGAUUUGCAACCACAAGCUGCACUUCAGCGUCUACGACUUCGACCGCUUCACCAGCCACGAUAUGAUCGGCGAGGUGGUGGUGGACAACCUCUUUGAACUCUCCGAUCUUUCCCGGGAGGCCGUAGUGUGGAAAGAUAUUCAUGCAGCGACUACAGAGAGUGUUGACCUGGGAGAGAUCAUGUACUCGCUGUGCUACCUCCCCACAGCAGGAAGAAUGACCCUAACAGUCAUCAAAUGCAGAAACCUUAAAGCCAUGGAUAUCACAGGCUCUUCAGACCCUUAUGUGAAGGUUUACCUGAUAUGUGAUGGACGGAGGUUAAAGAAGCGAAAAACAACCACCAAGAAGAGCACCCUCAAUCCAGUGUACAACGAGGCCAUCAUCUUCGACAUUCCCCCGGAGAACGUGGAACAAGUCAGUCUGUCCAUCAUGGUGAUGGAUUAUGAUCGAGUUGGACACAAUGAGGUGAUCGGUGUGUGCCGCACCGGGCCAGAUGCCGAGGGUCUUGGACGAGAUCACUGGAACGAAAUGUUGGCUUACCCGCGGAAGCCCAUCACUCAUUGGCACGCUCUGGGAGAGUGGCCUGGAAGAGCAGCAAGCUUUGAGAGUCACGGUUCCUGUCCUUCACCCAAACAACCGCAGACGCCCUGA